UUUCAGUCCCUGCGUGAAGUCAUUCCCCACGUGGAAAUGGAACGGCGUCUUUCUAAAAUAGAAACACUUACCUUGGCCAAAAACUAUAUUAUCAACUUGACGCAUAUAAUUCUUUCGAAACGCAAUGAGGAGCCAUCACUGGAGUUGAAUGGCGUUAUAUUGAAUGGAGCUACCACCAGCGAAAUGACUACCAAUGGUGGACUUGGUUUGAACGAUGUUGGACUUGGUGUUGGCAUUGGUGUUGGCAUAUUGAGUUUAAAUGGUGGCGGAGGCAGUGGUGGCAGCUCUGGCGGUGGCGGUUCCUGCUAUGACGAGGUCCUUACCAACGGCACAAACUCUUAUGACUGUGCCUUAGCCGCAGCAGAUGGUGCAAAUCAGCCACUUCGCCUAACGACCGCCACCACCACCAUACAGAUACAGAACCAAAGUCUCAGCCACUUGCAGCCACAAUUGUCGCAACAUCUUAUGCAGUCGAACCACAAUCAAUUGAUGUUGCAACAAUCGAAUGCAGCGCCAAUAUUACUCAACAAUAGUUUCGAUGCGAAUGACAACAACAAUAAUUAUGAUGAGCCAUUUCGAGAAUUUAUAUAAACUUGAGGGGUAAUAAAUGAAGCAUAACCAAGCUUGAUUUAACUUUCGUAAGAACUCUAGAAGUUAAAACUUUCGUUUUGAAAAACUGCUUUAUACUUUUUUCGCAUAUACAUCUACUGAUAAGAAGUUGGUUUUAAAUUACGUUACUUUGAUUUUACACUAACUCGAGCUUUAUAGAUUACUAACUUAUGUAAACUAUGUACAUACAUAUGCAAGCAUCACGGUAUGACAGUGGAAAAAUGACCAAGAUGAGAAAGAACUCGCUGGACCGAAAUAUUCAAAUAACGCGAGCAUUUAAAAGAUAUGUAUAUACUUGUACUUUAUUUUAUGAAGAUUUACUGAACUCAUUAAUCAUUUACUUUUGAAAUUUAUUGGUUAUCGCAUCUUUCUUAUUCCCUUCGUGUCACAUUUUUUUUUCUAAUGCUUUUGAAAUUUUUCGAGCCAAAAAAUCAUAUUGGUAGCUUAGAGUGAAAAGUUGCUA